GGUCCAGUCGCGUCCAGCAUGGAGGCCCGAGUCUUGCUGUUGGUGGCCGCGACGGCAGCCGCCGCGGCGCCCCGCGCAAGCGCAAACAUCGCCCUCGCCGGUCCGUACGCUGUGGACGUCUUGGAGUAUGCGGUCUGCGACGAUGGAGAAUACUCUGGGGUUUCAGCCAACUUCUCGCAGGUCGUGGAUGAGGAAACCAAAGAAACUGUGUACAGAGGAGAGGUCACUGUCAACUACGACGUUUUUGCGGACGACUCCGAGAUACAGAUCACUGUGUACAGGUGGGGCAGUACUGGUGGAUGGAGCCGAAUUUUAUACCACAAUUUCACCGAACCAUAUGACUACAUAAAGUCUAACAUGCCCAACAUAUUCGAGCUUUUCUGGAAGAAGAUUGGUAUCAAAGAGAAGCCAGUGACUCCGGGAACCUACUACUUCAAUGGAUUAUCGCUACGAGGAUUCACUCUACAAAAGUUCAGCUCGCUUUAUUACGGGAAGUACAAAAUAUACUCCAAGGCCCUGAGGGACGGCGAAGAAUUAUUCUGUCUGCAGACAGUUGCCUCCGUCUACGAAGUCUGAUAUACCCGUGGUUAACCAUGGGCGGAAACAGCUAAUCAACACGUACUCUCAGCCACGGUUACGUCUGAAUUGUAGCCUCAUGUGGCUUCGCCUUUACAGCUGUGAUACGGAACUGUGCUGUAUUUACAACAUAAUAAAUAAAUACUUAUAGACUUCAGUCUUAUCAUUGUUGCUCCGUUCCUGUGUGCCACAAUGUUUCAAGUUAAAGGCCGU